AAAUAUAUAUAUAUAUAUAUAUAUAUAUAUAUAUAUAUAUAAAUGUGGGUUUUGUUCCUUAACGCUCUGUGUUUUUUACCCAUACCAGACUUUCUCCAUUUUCUGUCACCUACCUCUCUGACAAGGACACUGCAAUCGUUUCAUACUGUUCUGUAAAGCAGCAACUUUGUAUGGUUCAUGUUUAUAUAUACAUGCACACGUCUGCAUAUAACGGUCAGACUUUAAUGUAGAUCGCUUGAGUUUAUGCAUGUAAUAAUAUGUUAAUGCUAUAUGUAUCAGAACAGUAGGUUCAUUGUAUAGACCAAUGCUUAUUCUAACAGUUGCUAAUUAUAUGGAUGUUAUGGUAAGCAAUAAAGUAUAAAAUAGAACAGUGUGAGAGUAUGUUCAAUUAUUGAAAAACAUAACCCCCCUUUCCCAUACAUACCAUUUCUCUCUCUCUCUCUACUCGAUCUAUAUCUCCCAUCAGACAGUAUAAUCCUCUCCCCAUGUCUUAAGAGCCGACACACAGUUUAGAUUAAUCCAUCCUCACCUUACUCUGACCCAAGGACUGCUCUGCACAGGAAGGAGUUGGCAAAGCAUCUUUUGGCACUAGCUUGACUUUCCCCUGCUGUCCUUGUACGCAGCUAUACUGUGCCAAACUGGCUUGUGUCCCGUCCCAGAAAAAGCACUUUUAAUAAAUGUGUCAAUGAAAAAGAAAAAAAAAAGGUGCAUUGUGUAUAUGGGAGUAGCAAUGAGAGACUAUGUGCAGUGGUAAAGCUUUGUGUGUAUGGUGGCUCAUUGCAAGAAAAGAAGAUAAGUUGUUGGCACAAGUAGGCACAGAGAGGUAUGUGUGGGUACAUUUGUGUGUGUAAGUAAAGGUCUGGCAGCAGUCAGCCUAGGGAGAAAUCACAUUAUACCAGCUGAAGAUCAAGUUACCAACUUCAGUCUCCAGUGUGCUUUUAUAUGGGCAUAUAGGACGGGGGGGGGGGGAGAGACUUCUCACUACUUGAAUGCCUGACCUACUGCUGUGUGUGUAAGGUGUGUGAAGUCACUAUAGGAAUAGUUUAUUGAUAAGGUUUAUUGCUAAUAUGUUUAUUAUAAGCGUGUUUGGUACUGAUAUUCUAAUUUUUUUAAUUAAUUGUGCUGUUUAAUAAGCUGUGGCAUGCCAAAUACAAAAGUGGUGAUCUAUAGCAGCACAGGUCCCUAUAGAAUUGCAGUUAAAGAUGCAGUGGUAAAGCAAUGUGGUUGGGGGGAUCACUAGAAUAGCAGAGGUGGUAGAUGACAAAUAGAAAUGCAGCUACUGAACAGUUUGAAGCCUAUAAAGGAAUAACAGAGUUGGGUGUUAGUAACAUAAAAAGUAGAGGGUGGGCUCUAAUCAUUUGCAGUUGUAGUGUUUCUCUGUAACAAAUAAUUUGCAUUAAAGGCUGUAUAUACAAGGUUACUGUGUACUGCUUUACUAGACAAAUUUACCUUCUAACACCUAAAUAGUUACAUUCAUCUUCUGUCAGUUUAACAGGAGGGGGGAGCAGACAGUGUGAAGAGAGAGUAUAGGAAAAUAAAGAGGGAAUGAGGCAAAUUGAAAGGGGGAGGAGAGAGUGGAAAGUGACAGAGGGUGGAACACAGCAUAGAAUAAGGUACAAGUCAGACACGAGGGUGAGAGGAGUCCAGACUGCCGUAGAAGCAGAAAGAUAAACACAGAGAGAAAAGAUAGGUAAUAGAGCAUAGUGCAUGUGAAUGAAAAGAACUAAGAAAGGACAUGCGAAAAGGAGGAACAUAAGAUGAUGAAGAAUUGUAAGAAAGAAGAGUGAAUUGAAAUAGAGAGGGAAAGAUAGGAGCCAGAAUAGUGGAGCAAGGGAAAUUGGCAUAAAAGAGGGAGAGGGAAGAGACAGAAAGGAGGAGUGUAUAGACAGAAGAAAGCUGGAGAAAUAGUUGAAGGCUCAAUCUCUUCUCUGAAAGGUGGUCAUGUGUGAUUUUGGGGAACAUUAGAUUUGAGAGGAGGUUAAAUAAGACAGGGGGAUGGCUGCCCUUGCUAGCUCUUUAAUCCGACAAAAGCGGGAGGUGAGGGAUGCAGUUGGACCUCGCCCUGCACCUCCACAGAGAAAGGUCUGUCCCCGAGGGACCAAGUCACUUUGCCAGAAGCAGCUCCUCUUUCUGGUGUCCAAAGUCAGACUGUGUGGAAGCCAGAGGAAGACACUGGACAAGGAUCCUGAACCUCAGUUGAAAGGAAUCAUCACUCGUUUGCUCAGUAGAUUUGGGUAUUACCUACAGCUUUUGCCAGAUGGCACUAUCCAGGGCACUAAGGAGGAAGGAAACCCCCACACUCUAUUUAACGUGAUCCCUGUGGGACUCCGGGUUGUGGCCAUUCAGAGCUCUGCCAGUGGUCAGUACGUGGCCAUGAAUUCUGAAGGACACCUCUAUAAUUCUACUCACUUUACAGCAGAGUGUAGUUUCAAAGAGAGCGUCUUUGAGAAUUACUUUGUCACAUAUUCAUCCACAUUAUACCGUCAAAGGGGUUCAGGCAGGGCCUGGUACCUGGGCAUUAGCAAAGAUGGAAAAGCAAUGGAUGGCAACCGGGUAAAGAGACACCGGCCUGCUGGACAUUUCUUACCUAAACUCAGUGAAGUUGCUCUGUACAAGGAGCCGUCUCUCCAUGAUGUUGUCAAGCUGUCACCAAAGAGAAGAUUGGCUCCAAAACCCAGUGCCAGACUGAGAGGAGCCCGGUGAAAAGUGUAUAGGGAGAGACUGGGGCAGGAGAGGGAUAUGGGGAGUAAAAGAGGAAAGCAAAAAUGGAUGGAGUAAAAAAGGAAGCAGAUGUCAUGAUAUCACAAGACUGAAGGCAACAUAAAGAGAUUCAUUUAAGUGCUUACCAACUCACCACCUUCCCUCAACUGUCUUUGGAAUUAUCAGAAUGUAUAUAGUAACACACAGAACUCUGUUCUUCUAAGAGACCAAUGAGACUGUUACCACCAAGACUGCCACAAUGGUUACUGAGCUUGGCACCUCUACGACAGCUAUAGAGAUUCCUAGUUUUAACACAGGAUAUUCUACAACUCAGGAAGCCAAAUUUCCGUCUUCCAUUGUACAUAUAAUUUUAUAUAUACUAUAUAUGUAUAAAAUACAAAUACGUGUAACUAUGCAUCAGCAAAUAUAAAGACAAAUGCCCUACAUCUAUAUAUUAAUAUAUAGAGACACAAAUAAAGCAAUAUUAAUGCAUAUCCUAUGUAUAUAAUAAGAUAUGUGCUCAGAGGAUUAAAAUAUGUAUAUAUACGUAGAGAGUAAGAGAUUUGUAUACUCAGUAAUAUUAUAUAUAUAUAUAUUUAAUAGGAUAUUCAAAUGCAAAAAUGACAUGCUGUAAUUCAGACAUUGCUGACCCUAGCUUACUUUAUUUAACAGAGGUAAAUGUGCCAUUUGGUUGUCACAAGUAUUGUGGAGUUCAACCAGUGUAAGGUCAUGCUGCUGCCUCUUCUCUGACCAUAUCCUGUUUCUGAGCAGGACUUUAUCUACGGUGUACAGUGUAAUGUAAACAUUUUCUCAUCUUUAAUGUGUUCUUAAUGUUCCAUUUUACCUGUUGGAGUGUAUUAAAUUGUUUACAAAUAA